CUAAAGAUGGCGGCGAUACAGUAGCAAUAGGGCUCACAGGGAAAAGUCACAAAUGUAUUUUUGAUUUACAUGAGCUAACUUCUGAGGAUGAUUGAUGCGUUUGGUUCAACUAAAAACGUUAUCCAGAGCUAAUAGCCGUGUGUAAAUGAGUACAAAUGGCAGGCGUAGAAUAUUCUAAAGUUGACAGCCUUUUCCCGGUCUCGACCUACGAGUCCUCUUCGUAUACGGAGAAUCUCAUUGGGACUUUGCUGGCUAUAUUUGGAAACCUCCUCAUCAGCAUCUCUCUCAGCAUUCAGAAAUACAGCCAUGUCAACUUGGCCGGAACCAAAGACCCGCGGGCUUAUUACCGGACCAAGACCUGGUGGCUGGGUCUGUUCCUGACCAUCGUGGGAGAAUUGGGGAUCUUUGCGUCCUACGCCUUCGCCCCCCUCUCUCUCAUUGCGCCCCUCAGUGCCGUGUCUGUCAUAGCGAGUUCCAUACUAGGAUUUAUUUUCCUGCGGGAGAAAUGGAAACCCAAGGAUUUUCUGAAGCGCUACGUCCUGUCCUUCCUGGGCUGUGGCCUGACCGUGGCGGGGACCUACCUCUUCGUCUCGUUCGGGCCCAACUCUCACGAGAAGCUGGACGCCGAGAACAUGGUCAAACACAUCAUCGGCUGGCCCUUCCUGCUCUACAUGUUGCUGGGAAUUAUCACCUUCUGCUUGCUGUUGUACUUUUACAAGCUGCGGGAUGCGAAUUACCUUGUCGUCAUUCUGAUGUUAGUGGCACUGCUGGGCUCCAUUACGGCCAUCACAGUGAAGGCUGUCUCCGGGAUGGUGUUGCUGAGCAUGCUGGGUAAUCUUCAGCUCUCCUACCCCAUCUUCUAUGUCAUGUUCGUCUCCAUGGUGGCUACUGUGGUCUUCCAGGCAACGUUUCUGUCCCAAGCGUCAAAUCGGUACGACUCCUCCUUGAUUGCCAGUGUCAAUUACAUCUUAUCCACCACAUUUUCCAUUAUAGCAGGGGCCAUAUUCUAUCUGGAGUUCAACCACGCAGAUGUCCUUCACAUCUGCAUGUUUCUGUUGGGCUGUGUAAUCUGCUUCCUGGGGGUGUUUCUGAUCACGAAGAGCAGGAAGAGGACCAAGGCAUUCGAGCCGUACGUGCACUUGGACGUGGCCCAAGGUAUCCCAACGAUUCACGACAAAGGGCGGGGGAUCCAGCCUGACUAUAAUGGCUCCUUCUCCUAUGGCUCGCUGGUCAACAACGACGGCGUGACCCCCGCCACCUUGCCCGUGGUCCAGGAGGAGAUGGCGGUCUCCCCCAAAUCCAACAGCGCCCCAUACCAGUCGGCUGACCUCAAGAGAGACUGAGAGUGUUCCUCCCCACCCCCACCCCCCUCCCAUAAACUGACUUAUUUUUGAUUGGCUGUUUCUCCACAGCGCCCCCUGUGGCCUGGAGGCCCUCAGGAGCCUUAUGUUGGUGGUGGAGGAAGGGGACCAGCUGUGAAUCUUGACUCCCACCCGUAGCUUGGGUGUCGUGUUUACUCCCCGGUAAAUCCACCUUCUGGAUUAGAAUGUUCUGGAUUGCUCUGUCUUCAGACGAACCCUGAAUCUUGCACAAAGUCUACCAAAAAAGUUGACCAAAAAAAAAAAAAAUGCUCAGAAUCCAAUUUCUGGACAGAGUUGUGUGAAAGUCCCUCUUCUUGACUGAAGGAAAUUGUAAAUCAUUAUUACCGUAGUUCUAGUAGCUGUAAUAUUGUCGUUAACUUACUGUCUUUGGGAUCUUUUAAUGUCGCAGAAUAAGAGGUGUGGGGAUUACUGGUGUUGGGAGGGUGACGCGGAGCUGCGGCGAACUGUCAGUCACAACGUUGUCUGAACCAAUGAAAUGGCAUUGCGCCUCUCAGCAAGACAUGAUGACUGGUCCAAAUCGACGAGCCACUUAUAGCAUAACGUGGCGAUGAAGCCUCGUUCUCCCAUCGGUAGAUUAGAGCACAUUUUUGUACUGCGUGUUAAAACUGAAAUGGUUCGGCAUUCAACACUCCUUACCUCUUCACGACUUGUAUAUUGGUGCCGCGGUGCUGUAAUGAGCGGUAUCCCACAAUUCCUGUCCCUUCUGAGGGCGAUGGCAUAAUAUGUUGACGAAAUGCGCGAUGCAAAGUUAGAAUUUAUUGUUUUCUGUAAAUGUUUGCGGGAGAGAAGCCUUGUUCGCUUGGCUUAACAGUAGAGCGUAAUCUUAAAAUUUCUUUGUUUGUGUUUCCUGUCGUUUUUAACGGUCUUCAUGGACACGUUUAGCGCCGCUCUCUGAACCUGUCGGCACUGUUUUAUGUUUUCAUUCGGUAUACACGAUUAAGCCUGAUUCAUAAUUCAUGGCACGUCCGUUUCGUCAAGUGUCGACUGUACGGGAAUACAUUUCUCAGUAUUGCGAACAUCUAGAAUUUUGCGCAGUGUUGAUUUGACAGCCAGAGGGAACGAUAAAAUUAGGUGUCAUGGAUAGGCGCCGCCAUGUUUUCUCAAACGUAAACAAUGGCAGUUUGGCGUCUCGUUACCAUAGUGACAGUGGAACCGCAGCCGUUUGAGAAACAUUUUGUCUUGGACAGUUGUCGAAAGGUUUGUGCGACGAAGUAUAAAUCAGGCUUUAGAAAUGAGCUUGAAAAUUACUUGAAAAUGACAGUUGUUUUAAGAAAGAGGGCGUGGUGUUUCUGCUUGGAUCUAUUAAGCACAUACCAAGCAGCUAAGCCAUUAAAAAGGGUAUUUUGUGAAGUCUUGGGAUGGCCAAGCCAACAAACACUUCACUGCGUGUAUGCUGAUCAGAUAACUUUUGUCAAGUGGCCUUUAGAAAAGCGGAAUGGACUUUGUCAGUUAAUAAGCUGGUGAUGAUGCGUGUCUUUAACAUGCCUUCAUGCUAACGCGGUAGCCUUUUUCAGAACUUUGCCGUCAUCUUGUAAUACGAAUGGACCUCGUGUGGGUUGAGAGUGAGAGAAAGGGUGUGUGUGUGUGUGUG